AUGUCGUGGACGAGGAAGAAAUAUAACCAGUUUGACGACCUACCUCCAUUUUCUAUUGGUAUUCCAUCUAUAAAUGUCGAUAUUAAUGACGCUGCUUACUUAAGAUUGGACCAUAACGAAGGAGCAUAUGUUGAAGAAAGAACGACGAAGCCUUCGCCUUCACCGACGACGCCUCCGGUCUUCAGUCGACACACAGACGAAGUCUCCUACUCCGGCCAACAGCCGCUUCUGCCUCCUCCUUCUUUCACGUUGUUUACAGAGCUCACCACUUCUCCAAUAGCAGCAGCCUCACUUGGGCAAGUGUAUAAGGGUAGAUUAAAAGAAAAUGGGGAUUUGGUUGAUGUUUUCCUCAGGACCAAAAGAUUCAGAGACUAUUCCAAUCUCCUUCAAUUUCACUUCAAUUGCCUUUAG